AUGCAUCAACUGGAAUUGCUGCUGCUUUUGAGUAUUAUUCCGCUGAACGUGCACUCGAAAGUGACUUUAACCAAAAUCGUCUGCACCAGCAAAUACCCAAUGAUGAUCUACGAGAAGUGCCUCAUCGAAAGAGUAAAUAGAUCGCUGAGUACCAUAACAUUACAACAGAAAUUACUGCAGCCAAUUAGGAGUGUAUAUCUUAAUCUCUCCAUAGUACACUUCUCGAAGGGUCUCAAUCGUGUGCUUUAUAAAUUCAACAACGUGGACGUUUGUGAUUUCUUUGUUAAGCGAAGACAUCCCGUUAUAAGAUUCCUGUUCGAAUAUAUAAAAAAAUUUAGCAAUGUGAAUCACAGCUGUCCAUUCCAAGACUACAUUUUUUUGCGAAAUAUGGCUAUUAAAAAUGCCGAUCUAAUCCGUGCGCCAAUACCAAAGGGAGAGUACGGCGUAAUGACGUCUUGGAAACUAAACGGUAUUGGUGAUGCGGAGGUAAAAGGUUUUGGGGUCUAUGAUUAG